AUGGCGAGUGAACGCGAAAGCAAGACCUUUCUCGCGCGGCUCUGCGAGCAGGCUGAGCGCUACGAUGAGAUGGUUGGAUAUAUGAAGGAAGUUGCAAAGAUCGGCGGAGAGUUAACCGUGGACGAGCGCAAUCUGCUGUCCGUCGCCUAUAAGAACGUUGUGGGCACCCGACGUGCCUCCUGGCGUAUAAUCUCCUCCAUCGAGCAGAAGGAGGAGUCCAAGGGCUCCGAUAAGCAUGUCGGCACAAUUCGCGACUACCGCCAGAAGAUCGAGACCGAACUCGAGAAGGUCUGCCAGGACGUCCUCGAUGUUCUUGAUGACUCCUUGAUCCCCAAGGCCGAGUCUGGAGAGUCGAAGGUCUUCUACCACAAGAUGAAGGGCGAUUACCACCGCUAUCUCGCCGAGUUUGCGUCUGGCGAGAAGCGCAAGACUGCCGCGACCGCCGCCCACGACGCUUAUAAGAAUGCCACCGAUGUCGCCCAGACUGAGCUCACGCCUACCCACCCCAUCCGUCUCGGUCUCGCCCUGAACUUCUCGGUCUUCUACUACGAGAUCCUAAACUCUCCCGACCGUGCCUGCCAUCUCGCUAAGCAAGCCUUCGACGACGCUAUCGCCGAGCUCGACUCUCUUUCCGAGGAGUCCUACCGGGACAGCACGCUCAUCAUGCAGCUGCUCCGCGACAACCUGACCCUCUGGACCUCUUCGGACGGCGGCGACGGUGAGCCGUCUGCUGAGGCAUCCAAGGACGCUGAGAAGGCCACCGACGACACCAAGGCCGACGCAAGCGACGAGCAGGCUCCGGCACCGCAAGCGGCGUCCUAG